UCGUCUAAGAUAACAGAUUCCAUUAACUUCUGUCACAACUUGUAUGGGCUUUUUCCUGGCUUUAAACGGUUGGAAGCAGAGCGAAGAAGGACCUGCGAAGAGAAGAAAAGAAGGCGCUGCUCGAAAACAAAACAAUUAUAAGAUAUAAAGAUAAACCCUCUUUGGUGGCUGUGGUGAGUUUGAUUUCGGUGAAUUGACUGAUGGGGAAGAAUGAUUUCUUGACACCAAAGGCCAUUGCAAAUAGGAUUAAGGCAAAAGGAUUGCAGAAGCUUAGAUGGUAUUGCCAGAUGUGUCAAAAGCAAUGCAGAGAUGAGAACGGUUUCAAGUGCCACUGCAUGAGCGAAAGCCACCAGCGUCAGAUGCAAAUCUUUGGGCAAAACUCUGAUCGUAUUGUUGAUGGAUAUUCUGAAGAGUUUGAGGAAUCUUUCCUUGAACUCAUGAGACGCAGCCAUCGUUUUAGUCGUGUGGCUGCAACUGUUGUCUAUAAUGAGUACAUCCAUGAUAGACAUCACGUUCAUAUGAAUUCUACUAAGUGGGCUACUUUGACUGAGUUUGUUAAAUAUUUGGGACGGACUGGUAAGUGUAAGGUUGAGGAGACUCCUAAAGGGUGGUUCAUUACCUAUAUUGAUAGAGAUUCCGAGACCCUUUUCAAGGAGAAGAUGAAAAAUAAAAGAAUUAAGUUGGAUAUGGCUGAAGAAGAGAAGCAAGAGAGGGAGAUCAGGAAACAAAUUGAGCUUGCUGCGUCUGAGCAAUUGGAAGCUACAAAAACUGAAUCUAACUUGGCAGAUGACCCAGCUAGGGACUUGAACUUGGAGGCUGGAGUUAAGGUAGGCUUUUCACUUGCUUCAUCCUCAACGUUGUCGAACAAAGAUAACAACACUUCUACUACUACUACUAGUAAAUUGGUUUUUGAAGAGGCUGACAAUAAUAAUAAGAGAAAGAUUAGCAAAGAAAACAAUAAAACUGUUGGAAACUCUGCAUUGGAGGAGUUGAUGAGAGAGGAAGAGAAGGUCAAGGAGAAGAUCAACAGGAAAGAUUAUUGGUUGUGUGAGGGCAUAAUUGUCAAGGUUAUGAGCAAAGCGCUGGCCGAAAAAGGUUAUUAUAAGCAAAAGGGUGUUGUGAGGAAGGUGAUUGAUAAAUAUGUUGGGGAAAUUGAGAUGCUUGAUAACAAACAUGUGCUGAGAGUUGAUCAGGAUGAGCUGGAGACAGUCAUUCCCCAAAUUGGGGGUUUGGUGAGGAUUGUGAAUGGGGCUUAUCGCAGUUCAAAUGCUAGGUUGCUGGGAGUUGAUACUGAUCACUUCUGUGCUAAGGUGAAGAUAGAGAAGGGUAUCUAUGAUGGGAGAGUACUUAAAGCUAUUGACUAUGAGGAUAUAUGUAAACUUGCCUAGUCAGUUUUACUUUGAUGGAAAAGACUUUACUGGAUACUUUGCAAUACAUUUGAAUUUGAUGUUGUGUUUCA